CAACCAUUCGUUGAAUGAGAGGGCUAUCCAAAAUCUCAUCCUCUCAUUGUUUCCCAAACGUCCACACCGUAACCUCUUCUGCUACUUGUUAAUAAGAUAAUGCAACGUUGAUGGUCAGGGUUUUUGCUACUUGUAGUAGUACUACUACUUGUGCUGCAGCAGCCACGCUUUUUUAAUUUACUACUAUACAUUAAUUCUCGCUUUGGCUGCCAACCAUGGCUUCGGCUACUCUUUCUGUAGCCAAACCAUCUCUUCAGGCAAAUGGAAAAGGAUUUGCAGAAUUCUCAGGCCUACGCAACUCAUCAGCAUGCCUUUCCUUUGGGAGGAAAAGCUCAGAUGACAUUUUUUCAAUCGUCGCUAUCCAGACACAUUCUGCUGGAAGUGGAGGAUACAGGAGAGGGGUAGUGGAAGCAAAGCUAAAGGUGGCCAUAAAUGGGUUCGGUAGAAUAGGCAGAAAUUUCUUGAGGUGCUGGCAUGGCCGCAAGGACUCCCCUUUGGAUGUCAUUGCCAUCAAUGACACUGGAGGUGUGAAGCAGGCAUCCCACCUCCUCAAGUACGACUCCACCCUCGGCAUCUUCGACGCUGAUGUCAAGCCUUCUGGCGACAAAGCCAUCUCCGUUGAUGGCAAGAUCAUCAAGGUCGUAUCAAACCGUAACCCUGUCGACCUACCCUGGAAGGACUUGGAGAUCGACCUGGUAAUCGAAGGGACCGGGGUGUUUGUUGAUAGAGAGGGUGCAGGCAAGCACAUUCAGGCUGGGGCUAAGAAGGUGCUCAUUACUGCCCCUGGGAAGGGUGACAUCCCUACCUACGUUGUAGGAGUCAAUGCAGACGCCUACAACCCAGCCGAGGCCAUCAUCAGCAAUGCUUCUUGCACCACUAAUUGCCUUGCUCCCUUUGUCAAGGUCCUUGACCAGAAGUUUGGCAUCAUCAAGGGCACCAUGACUACCACUCACUCGUACACCGGUGACCAGAGGCUACUUGACGCCAGCCACCGCGAUCUCAGGCGUGCACGAGCUGCUGCUCUAAACAUUGUUCCCACUUCAACAGGUGCAGCAAAGGCUGUGGCCCUUGUCCUGCCAUCACUUAAAGGCAAACUCAAUGGGAUCGCCCUGCGUGUGCCUACUCCAAAUGUGUCUGUGGUCGACCUUGUUGUCCAGGUAUCUAAGAAGACCUUUGCCGAAGAGGUGAAUGCUGCUUUCAGAGAAAGUGCUGAUAAGGAGCUCAAUGGUAUUCUUUCUGUUUGCGAUGAGCCCCUUGUUUCAGUGGAUUUCAGGUGCACUGAUGUGUCCUCAACUGUUGACUCAUCAUUGACAUUGGUCAUGGGAGAUGACAUGGUGAAGGUAAUUGCUUGGUACGAUAACGAGUGGGGUUACUCUCAAAGGGUUGUGGAUUUGGCUCACAUUGUUGCCGACAACUGGAAGUGAUAAAAACUCGUUGUCAACUGCAUUGUUGUCUCUAUUUUUGCCCCUCUCAUUUUAUGUUUUGUUUUCUGAAUUACAUUUCUUUUUUACCCUUUUCAUUUAAGCAAUACCACCUAAUAUUGAUGUAGGUCCUUUGGAUGUACCUUUGACCCUCAAUAAUUUUGAAUAUGUCUUUUCUUCA